GCACUUGGUGGAGCACAGUGGGGGAAGGAGCUGGUUUUGGCCAGCUCAGAACAUAGCAAGCCGAAUGGGUCUCUGUGUUUGAACUCUCCAGGAGAACUCUUACCGCCGCCCUUGGAUUUAAUCAUGCAUACAAAGGGCUUUCUCGGCUUGGUGCUGCUGCUAUUCGCCUCUUCAGUCUUCAUUUUGUUGCCUGCUAUUCCACAAAGUUCAUCCUUGUCCCCGCGGAGCGGUUUAAAAAGCACCCCAUCUUGCAGACUUUCCCGAUCCGAGUCAGAGCAGCGAUGCCAAAUCCCAGGUGGAAAAAUGUGCAGCGGCAGAGGCCAAUGUGACUGUGGGGUCUGCAUCUGUCAAGUGACUGAGCCAGGCAAAUAUUAUGGGCCAUUAUGUGAAUGUCAUGAAUGGGUAUGUGAAACCUAUGGUGGAGAAAUCUGUGCAGGUCAUGGAAAGUGUGAUUGUGGAAAGUGUAAAUGUGAAGAAGGUUGGUAUGGUGAUGCUUGUCAAUACCCAACUAUCUGCAAUUUUACACGGAGGAAGAGUAAUGAAAUGUGCAAGAAUUCUCAAGACAUCAUUUGUUCAAAUGCAGGUACUUGUCACUGUGGCAGAUGUAAAUGUGACAAUUCAGAAGGAAGUGGAUUGAUCCAUGGUAAAUACUGUGAGUGUGAUGACGGAGAAUGCAUAGAUGAAGAAACAGGGCUGAUGUGUACAGGCCAUGGCAUGUGUUACUGUGGAAACUGUUACUGCGAGGCUGGUUGGCAUGGCGAUAAAUGUGAACUCCAAUGUGACAUCGCCCCCUGGGAGAUCAAGAAGAAGUGUACCUCUCCAAAUGGCAAAAUCUGCAGCAACAGAGGAACCUGUGUAUGUGGAGAAUGCAUAUGUCACGAUGUUGACCCAACUGGAGAUUGGGGCGAUAUUCAUGGAGAUACUUGUGAAUGUGAUGAACGCAACUGCAAGGCAGCCUAUGAUCGAUAUUCCGAUGAUUUCUGUUCAGGUCAUGGCCAGUGUAACUGUGGACGAUGUGACUGUAAGACUGGAUGGACGGGGAAGAAGUGUGAACAUCCAACUUCUUGCCCUAUCUCCCCUGAAGAGAGCCUUAGGAAAUGCCAAGGAGAUUCACACCUUCCAUGUUCUGGCAGAGGAAAAUGUGAUUGUGGCCGGUGUACAUGUUUUCCUCCUGGAGAGUCCAAAAUAUAUGGCAAACUUUGCGAGUGUGAUGAUAGACAGUGUGAAGACAACGAUGGCAAUGUCUGCAAUGAUCAAGGGACCUGUUCCUGUGGUCGUUGCAUUUGUAAGGAUGGAUGGUUUGGAAAAUUGUGUCAACACCCAAGGAAAUGUAACAUGGCCGAAGAUGAGAGCAGAAGUUUCUGUGAAUCAGCCGACGGCAUACUAUGCUCAGGAAAGGGUUCCUGUCACUGUGGAAAAUGCAUCUGUUCUUCCCAAGAAUGGUACAUUUCAGGAGAAUUCUGCGAAUGUGAUGACCGAGAUUGUGACAAAUACGAUGGCCUUAUUUGCACAGGAAAUGGUAUAUGUAACUGUGGAAACUGCGAGUGCUGGGAAGGUUGGACCGGAAAUGCUUGUGAGAUCUGGCUUGGGACUGAAUAUCCCUAACAUUGCCACGAAACACUGAACACUGACAGAUAUGUGGUGUAAAAUGAGGCUGCUAGACUACAUAAAUGUAAGAUGAACACAAUCCAAAAACCCUACCCAUCCUAAUCAAUCAGCUCAGUGAAAUAUUUCUUAAAAUAUAUGAGCACCUC